UCGUCACCGCCCCCUGAUAAUGCAGCAUGGGCGAAAAUAUCAGAACCAAAAGCUACAGCCGAGGAAGCAGAUUUCUGUACUGUCAACAAUUUUGGUGAUUGAACAAAAGUGAUGUUCCAACAAUGCCAAUAGUGGAUAAACUCAAGGAGGCAUUAAAACCCAGUCGAAAGGACUCGGGUGAUGAGGGUGACCUCAACAAACUGUUGGCGUCUUCGGCCAAAAAGGUCCUUUUGCAGAAGAUAGAAUUUGAGCCAGCCAGCAAGGGGUUCACCUAUCAGCUGGACAGCUUGAAGAACAAGUAUGUGAUUCUCAAUCCAAGGAAUGAGGGUGGUACAGGGCAGAAAGCCACAGAGCCUCCCCAAAUAAAGAGGCAAGUCUCAGAAAAUGUGGCUGGGGGCCAGAGCGAUGGGAUCCCGGCCCCGCAGAAGAUGCUCUUCCCAGGGAACAAGCUUACCCUUAAAUGGGAGCGUGUGUACAGGGUGGGAGCCGGCCUCCACAACCUCGGUAACACGUGCUUCCUCAACUCCACAGUGCAGUGUCUCACCUACACCCCGCCACUGGCCAACUACUUGCUCUCGAAGGAGCACAGCCGUGCCUGUCACCAAUCAGGCUUUUGUAUGAUCUGUGUAAUGCAGAACCAUAUCAUCCAAGCCUUUGCCAACACAGGCAAUGCCAUCAAGCCUGUCUCCUUCAUCAGAGACCUGAAAAAAAUUGCCAGACACUUUCGCUUUGGAAGCCAAGAAGAUGCCCAUGAAUUUUUGCGAUACACUAUCGAUGCCAUGCAGAAAGCCUGUCUCAAUGGGUACCCUAAGCUUGACAGACAGACCCAGGCCACAACGCUGGUUCACCAGAUCUUUGGAGGUUACCUCAGGUCAAGAGUGAAAUGCUCUAUUUGUAAAAGUGUGUCAGACACGUAUGACCCAUACCUGGACAUUGCUGUGGAGAUUCGGCAAGCUGUAAACAUAGUGCGAGCCCUGGAACUGUUUGUUAAACCAGACGUAUUAAGUGGAGAGAAUGCCUACAUGUGUGCCAAGUGCAAAAAAAAAGUGCCAGCGACCAAACGCUUCACAGUCCAUCGAACAUCCAAUGUACUGACUCUGUCACUGAAGAGGUUUGCCAACUUCAGCGGAGGCAAAAUAACAAAGGAUGUUGGAUUUCCAGAAUUUCUGAACAUCCGCCCCUACAUGUCUCAGAGCUCAGGCGACCCUGUUAUGUACGGCCUCUAUGCUGUUCUGGUGCACUCUGGCUACAGUUGUCAUGCUGGCCACUACUACUGCUAUGUAAAGGCAAGCAAUGGACAGUGGUACCAAAUGAAUGAUUCAAUGGUGCACUCCAGUAACAUCAAAGUGGUCUUGAACCAGCAGGCUUAUGUGCUUUUCUACCUGAGGAUCCCUGAAACCAAGAAGAAUGCAGAUGGGCAGACCACCAAGCAGGGGAUGUUGCAUCCUGGGAAGAACAGCGUGUCGUCUGAACAGAUAAAGAGGGUUAACCUGAACGGACCUCUCUCCUCCCCACAGGUCACAAAGAAACUUGAGCCUGCACAACUGCGUAAGAUCCAGUCUGUGGAUGGAGGUUUGGGCUUGCCCGUUUCCAGAAAUGGGGUGAGCUCUCAGCCACCGCCCAGACUUUCCAACUGGAUGCCAUCCUCCAGUGGCCCACCGAAGCUGCCAGGUGGACCCACGGCUAUCGAGGAGCCUUUUAAGAAGCUAAAGAAGCCCUCUCCUCAGAGCCAAGCACCGUCCCGCAGCAGCACUCCGACCCCUUCCAACAAUGGGGUCAGCAGGACGGAUGGAGAUAAAAAGCAAGGUGGCGAGGGCAGAGGCAUGGCAGUGUCUACCUCAUUUAAGUCUUUGUCUGACUCUUCCUCUGCCGACAGCACUGACUCAAAGGACUCCAUGGGUCCCAAAAGUGCACCAGUAGGUGAGAUUCCCACCACACCUCGUAAAGGUCCCAGUGGCCUGGCGUCUCCAGCCAAGAGUGUGGAGCGCUCUCAGAGCACGGAGGAGCAGAAGACGGCAAAAAUAAAACCCCCAGCCCUCAACAACAUCACAGCCGAAGCCACCAGCACCAUGUCUCCUCCCCCUGCCAAGAAACUGGCCCUGUCAGCCAAGAAGGCUCGCAGCCGGAGUCCGAGCAGCAUUGAUGCUCUGCCCCCAUUGCCACACCAGCCUUCCAGUGACCCCAUGCAUCAAAAUCAGCUUAACUCUCCCACCUUUGCUUCACCUUCUCACACUCACAGAGCUAGUCCAUUCCAUUCACCCAAAGUCCAGUCUUCACCUUUUGCUCACUCAAGUGCAUCACUCAAACAGCUGAGCCAUCAAAAACAGUCCCUUCUCUCCACACUGCAAAAACCAAAUGCCAGCCUUUCUCUUAAAACCAAUGGGCUUCACAGUCCCAGCCCACAGAGCCCCAAGUCUUCCAACAACUUCAGCUCCAUGGUGCAAGAGCCAGACAGCCCUUCAUCUCAGAAGAUCAACCAAAAGAAGAAGAAAAAGAAGCGGCGCCAUUCUGAGGUGGAGGGUGACGCAGAUCAAGUCACGUCCCCAGUUACAGUAACACCGUCCAACCUCUUGGAAUCUGCUCUCGAGAAGAAGCACAAGAAGAAAAAGAAGAAGAAGCGAAAGAGGGAGAAUGAGGAUGGAGAGAAAGUACAGGAGAGGGAGUGUGUCCCAUCUCAUCUGGAUGCAUCAAAUCAGGAAGAGGACUGGUGUAAAGGUGGCAUAUGGAGUUUAGCAUCCCACCCAGAUGCAGAACAGUCUAAACAGGCGCCUCAGUUAACUGCCACAACCCAAACGCAGUGUGAGUCCAGUCAGGAAGAGCAGGGAAGGGACUCGGUGUUGCUAAAGAAGAAGAAGAAGAAAAAGAAAAGGAAGAAGAUGGAACUGGUGGAAGCUCUACAGGACACGACUCCAGCAUGCUCUGCAUCAGAAAACAUUUCAGACAUCAAGGCCACAGUCAUUCAGAAUGACACAGGAGAUUUGAUAAUGCUGAAAAAGAAAUUAAAGAUGAAGAAGAAGAAAAGGCUAAAGGAAGAGGUGGGACUGUGGGAGGAGAGCAGGCGAUGUUCAGAAGGGCAGGAUGAUGAGCCUAAAACAGCAGAGCCCCCUUCUAAAAAGAACAGCAAAAUAAGCCACCAAAACUCAGCCACAGUAGUAGCGUGGGACAGCCAAGUGAAAGAUGGCUACAAACGCAACCAGGCGCCAGCAGCUGAUGGAAGCGCACCAAGAGAGAGCGCCCUGAUCCGAGCUGCUCCCAGAGCCUGGGAUGGGACAAAGACAAGUAGUGUGGUAGAGGAGCUCCUUAGGAAUGCAACAGAUAAGGCCUAUGGCGCCAACGUCCUCAGUUGGGAUGGAGAGGUCUCGGCUAUUAGUAGAGAUGCCAUUGAGGAUGCUCGUCAUGCCAAGUGUGACACUGUGAUCGAUGAGUGGGAUGAAGACUUUGACAAGGGAAAGGUAAAGAAAAUGAAAAGUUAUAAAAAAGUGAAGUGGAGAAGUGGCAGCAACAUCUUCCAGAAGAUCCAAGACAGGAGGAACAAGUGGUCGGUGACACCUGGAGGGAAGAGAGUCUUUGGAGUCCGUCGCUGAGAGUUCAGGCUUCUGUCAAAGUCCAACUGACUGGAAAUUGAGACAACAGUACUGUAUACCAAACCUCUAUACCUUUUCUCAGUCUCUUGCUCUCUCUCUUUUUUCUUUUUUUUUUAAAUCUGUCCUGUUCACGUCAGACCCAGAAGAUUCAAGGGUCAAAAGCAGCACAGCAGGCUGUCUGACAAGCAGCCCCUUCAAUACAAAGUUUAAACUAAGCAAAACUAAAUGUUGUCUUCAUUGGCCAGAUGGAUUUCAGUACCUGCAUCCCAUUUUAAUUCAAAUGCCACAGUUAGUGGCUUGAGCUUUUCUAUGCAUGCUGUAUUUAACAGAAACCUUUACACAUCCAUGUCGCAUGAUUAUUGUGUGUUGGCAUCUUUUGAGCUUUGGUCAUUGCCCCAAAACACUGAUAUACCAAAAAAAAAAAAAAGUUAGAGUAAUAAUAAU